AUGAACCAGUACCCUUCUUCGGGGUCGUACGGCUAUCAAUCCGCGGACGGCGCGUCUGGCGCGGCGUCUCUCCCCGCGUCGACAACGGAUAAGAUCCAGCUGCCAUGCGCGCACUGCCAUGCCGUGCUCAGCGUGCCCGUCGGCCUCUCGCGCUUCCAGUGCCCGCGCUGCUCUUCGCACCUCUCCGUCGACCAUGCGAAGCUCGCCGCGUACAUGCGAUCGCUUAACGAAAUGGCAGCGUCCCUCGGUGGUAACGCCGGCGGCACCAGUGCGGGAGCUCAGUCCGCGGCCUCUGCGUCCGCUGCUGCAGCCGCAGCUGCCGCUGCUCGCGGCACCGGGAAUGCCGGUGCCGGUGGUUCUGCCGGCGCUGCUGCUUAUCCCGGCGCAGCGCAACGAAGCGCAGCCCAAUACUAUCAGCAACAGCACCAACAGCAGCAGGCUUCCCAGAUGAUGCUCUCGUCGCACGCCCCUCACGGCUCCGCACCAGGCGCGACAAUGGCAGCCGCGGCGACAGGUGCGACCGCGGCUGCUGCUGCUGCUGCGGCGGCCGCGGAAAGCGAGCAGGCGAAGAGGCGGAGAGUGGAUGGGUUAGGGAUGCGCUAUUACGCCGCGUCCACACCUACCAUGGGAGGGGAUGGGGGGAUGGGCUCGUAUGGGCCCGCGGGGAUGGGGGGGAUGCCCGGGGCGGGGGGAAGCCUGGCGGGCCUGGGCGGGGGAAUGGCGGGGGAGGGCUUGCGCGCGGCGCAAGCGGAGGUGGAUGCGAGCUUACGGCGCAUGAUGACAGGGGGGAGGGCGGGCGGGCCGACGGCGGGGGAGGAGGCGAGGCAGGUGGAGGCAGACGCGAAAGAGGCGUUGAUUCAAGACGAGGAGGACGAAGAAGGCGUGGCGGGAGAGACCUUCGCAGCUUACCGCCCUGCAAAGCUAUCUCUGGGCCGCCCACACCCCGACCCCGUGGUGGAGACUGCCUCGCUGGCAGGCGUGCAGCCGCCCGACAUCGACCCGUCCAAGCUGGCGCUGCUGACGGGGCAGGAUGACGUGGCGGCCAACGCGCUGUCGUCAUUGCAGCUGGAAACGAUUUGUUAUGCCAGCCAGCGGCACAGGCAGCUGCUGCCGGGGAACGUGCGGGCGGGGUUCUUUCUGGGGGACGGUGCGGGCGUGGGCAAGGGGCGCACAGUGGCGGGGAUUAUACGAGAGAACUGGCACCAAGGCCGCCGCCGCGCACUGUGGAUAUCCAUCGGCCCUGAUCUACGGUUUGAUGCCAGGAGGGAUCUUGAUGACAUUGGUGCCACCGACAUUCCAGUGCACGCGCUCAACAAGCUGCCCUACGGCAAGCUCGACUCCAAGGCCAACAAGAUCAAGGAGGGCGUGCUGUUCCUCACCUACAGCACGCUCAUCGCGUCGGCAGAGAACCGCCGGUCGCGCCUGCAGCAGAUCACCCAGUGGUGCACACCGGGCUUCGAUGGCGCCAUCAUCUUUGACGAGUGUCACAAGGCCAAGAACCUGGUGCCGGAGUCAGGGGGCAACGCCACGCGCACAGGCGAGGCCGUCAUGGAGUUGCAGGCGAAGCUACCGAACGCGCGAGUGGUGUACUGCAGUGCAACGGGUGCAUCGGAGCCACGGCACGUAGGGUACAUGACACGGCUGGGGCUGUGGGGCGAUGGCACGCCCUUCCUCAACUUCCAACACUUCCUCGGCACGAUUGACAAGCGGGGAGUGGGAGCACUGGAGCUCAUGGCCAUGGACAUGAAAGCCCGGGGAAUGUACGUGUGUCGCACGCUGAGCUUCGACGGCGCGGAGUUCGAGGUGGUGCAUGUGCCACUGGAGCCCAGCAUGCAGGAGAUGUAUUCCAAGGCGGCGCAGCUAUGGGCGGAGCUGAGGGCGGACAUGAUAGCAGCGGCGCUCGCCCUGUCCUCUGCUCAGAGCGCCUCUGCCUCCGACUCCUCCAAGCGCUCCUCCGCCAACGCUGUCUGGCGCACCUUCUGGGCCGCGCACCAGCGGUUCUUCCGCCAUCUGUGCAUCAGCGCCAAGGUGCCAGCAGCGGUGCGCAUGGUGCAGCAAGCAAUAGCGGAGGGCAAGUGCGUGGUCAUCGGGCUGCAGAGUACGGGCGAGGCCCGCACCGACGAGGCUGUUGCUAAACUGGGCACGGAGAUGGACGACUUUGUGAGUGGCCCCAGGGAGAUCCUGCUCAAGCUCGUGGAGGAGACCUACCCACUGCCCCCGCCACCGGCCCUGCCCAAACAGGGCGAAGAGCUGAAGAAGGAGCGGGAGCGGGAGCAGGAGAGGGGCGUGAGUCGGGGUGUGUCGGUGUCGCAGCGGGGGAGGGUGCGGCGCGCAGUCAAGUACGAGAGCGAUGAUAGCGAGGAGGACGGUGAUGAGGACUUCGAUGCGGCAUCGGAGACAUCAUCGGACGACAGUGACUUCCAAGGAGACAUCUGCCAGAUCUGCCAUGACGAGGAGCUGUCUGGGUCGCUGAUGGCAUGUGCGGUGUGCUCGCGUGUCGGCCACGUGGCGUGCUUUGAGAGGCACACCGGCAGAAGCGGCGGUUACCACCCCUGGUUGGCUGACGCCCCCCGAGGCCACGUUAGCACCAGGUCAGCAGCAGGCAGCGAGCGGCUGGCGGGGGGAACAAGGAAUCGAGGAGGUGACGUGGCGAGCCCAAUAGACCUGGGAGAUGAUGACGUGGAUGAGGAGGAGGAGGAGAGUGGAAGGGAGGAGGCGGAGGAGGGGAUUGAGGAGGAGGGGAGGAAAAAAACGAAGAGCAGGAAGGCAGGAGGGAGCAGCAGUGGGAGUGAAGGGGGGAGCAGCGGGCAGGAGGAGGAGGGGGAGGCGCAGGUGCCGUGGCUGUGUGGGGAGUGUGACAAGACAACGAGUGAGAUUCGCACGGAGAGAGAGACUUACCUCUCUGAGAUGGAAGCCAGGUAUAACACGGCUGUCGCUCGCAAGGCCGAGAUCAUGGAAGCCAUCAGGAAGCUUCCUCUGCCGAACAACCCUCUGGAUGAGCUCAUAGACAAGCUGGGAGGGCCAGAGGCAGUGGCGGAGAUGACAGGGCGGAGGGGCAUGCUGGUGCGCACAACCACGGGGGAAGGCAAGGGCACCGUCAGCUACCAGGCGAGGAACUCCAAGGACGUGGCAGCGGAGAUGGUGAACAUGAGGGAGAAGGCGCUGUUCAUGGCGGGGGACAAGCUCAUCGCCAUCAUCUCCGAGGCCGCCAGCGCUGGCAUCUCCCUGCAGGCCGACCGCCGCGCUAAAAACCAGCGUCGCCGGGUGCACAUAACGGUGGAGCUGCCGUGGAGUGCUGACCGUGCCAUCCAGCAGUUUGGCCGCUCCCACCGCUCCAACCAGGCCAGCGCGCCGCAGUACAGGCUGCUAUUCACGGAGCUGGGGGGUGAGAAGCGGUUUGCCUCGGUGGUGGCCAAGCGCCUGGAGUCACUCGGAGCUCUCACACAGGGGGACCGCAGGGCGGGUCCGUCCCUGUCAGCAUUCAACUACGAGGGCGUGUGGGGCAAGCGGGCCCUCUCCACCAUGUAUCGUUGCAUCAUGGAUAACAUGCCUGCCCCUGCACCACCCCCCGGCUGCCCGCAAAAGUUUGACGACGCCUGGGUGAAGUUUUACCAGGCUGCCCGAGCUGCCCUGAUUAUUGUUGGGAUCGUCAGAGAUCCGACCUUCAACACAUCAGCGGCAGCGGGGGGCAUGUAUGCGGUGGGGGGGAAGAUCCCCGAGUCGGACAUGUCAGAUGUCGCUCGCUUCCUCAACCGCAUGCUGGGACUGCAGCCCGCACAGCAGAACAGGUUGUUUGAGUUCUUUGCGGCCAUAUUCGCGCACCUAGUGGCAACAGCGUGCAAGGAGGGCGAGCUGGACAUGGGCAUCAUCAGCGUGCGCGCGCCCAGAAUCACCGUCACACAGCCGUCGCAGGUGGUGUGUGAGGAUGAGGUAUCAGGAGGCAAGACCUUCCAUGUUGUUCUCACCAUCGACAAAGGUCUCAACUGGGAGUCUGCACGGCAACUAUUCAAUGAUGCAUCAGCUAAGGUGGGGCAGCAGGGCAGGGCGGAGGGGGGCGGGGAGGAGGAUGGGGAGAGCGGGGAGUUGGAGGAGGGGGAGAAGGGGAAGGAGGCGAGGGGGAAGAAGAGGAAGCAGGGGGAGGGGGAGGGGGGGAGUGGUGACGGUGUGGAGGGUGGACAGGUGAAGAUUGAGGAGGGUAGUUUGGAGAAGGAGGGGCAAGAUGGGAAAGAGGAGGGGAAGGAGGGGAAGGAGAGGGAUGGAAAGGAUGGAAAAGAUGGGAAUGAGAAGGAGGGGAAGGAGGGGAAGGAGGGGAAGGAGGUGAAGGAGGUGAAGGAGGAGCGGAAGGAUGGGAAGGAGGAGGGGACGGAAGCGAGGGAGGCGAGGCAGUGGAGGGAGCGAGCGGCACGAGUGAACGGGUUCUAUGUGUCACAGAGGGAGUGGCUAGGGCGCAAGCACUACCUGCUGGCCCUCCUCUGGUGCGUGCGCCUCUCUCUGUCUGCUCUUCCUACGCCGCUCUCUGCUCCAUCCGCUCUCUGCUCCAUCCGCUCUCUUCUCCAUCUCUCUGCUCCAUCUCUCUGCUCCAUCUCUCUUCUCCAUCUCUCUGCUCCAUCUCUCUUCUCCAUCUCUCUGCUCCAUCUCUCUUCUCCAUCUCUCUUCUCCAUCUCUCUGCUCCAUCUCUCUGCUCCAUCUCUCUGCUCCAUCUCUCUUCUCCAUCUCUCUGCUCCAUCUCUCUUCUCCAUCUCUCUUCUCCAUCUCUCUGCUCCAUCUCUCUUCUCCAUCUCUCUGCUCCAUCUCUCUGCUCCAUCUCUCUGCUCCAUCUCUCUGCUCUAUCUCUCUUCUCCAUCUCUCUGCUCCGUGGGCCUGCCACUGGGUAUAUGCAUGCGGCAGGCAGUGCACUACCUUGUGCCUAGUCUAGCCUUUGCUGCGAUGCAUUGGCCCAUCCUGCCCUUUUCCUCUGAGUCAUCUCCCUCCCGGGCCUCUGUGCCAUGCCCCCACCCCACCAUCUCACCAUCCCCAUGCCUGCAUGGAGCAGUCCGCCAGCAGCGGGGCAGAAAGCAGCAGUGCAGAUAUUCCGACCACGCACGUCUGCAGCUAACAGGCCCACCCCUCUGGUGGACUUUCUGGACAAGUAUUCCAAGCUGCCGCCCGCCAGGCUGUCAUCGCUGCAAGCCAUCUGGGAUGCGGAGUAUGAGCUGUCCGCCACUCAGUGCAUGCACGGCCCCAAGUGCCGGGCAGGGGCGAGCUGCAGGGUGGGGUUGCGGCUGCAGCAGAUGCACCUGCUGCAUGGGGCCGUGUUCCCUGUCUUUGGCGUCAUUGACCAGGCACUCAUGGCACAGUCGUCGGCGCAGCACAAGCGGGUGCAGGUGGCACAUGUGGAGGCGAGCGAUGGAAACAAGUAUGUGGGCGUGCACCUGCCUGCGCCCGCUGUCAUGCCCAUCCUCGAUG